AUAUCUGGGGAUGCGCAGCCAUACAAGCCGAAUCCAAACUUCCGAAAUAGUAACUUCAUUUCUUAUUUUUUUUUUUUCUGAAGACCAGAGACCGUCUGGGGUUCACGUGCUGUGAUUUCUGAUUGAUAAAUGUAAAUUGAAAUUGUCUGAGUUUGGAGAUCCAAAGUUGAAAUGUGCUUUGGGUUGAACUGGAAAGCAGAUUGACCAAAAUGUGUUUGCCCACUGCUAUUUUGUCGUGUUUUUCUUCUAGACCCAGCAUGAGUGAAUUUCCCUGUAAAAAACGUGAUGACUAUUUGGAAUGGCCCGAGUAUUUCAUGGCAGUGGCCUUCUUAUCGGCACAGAGGAGCAAAGAUCCAAACUCCCAGGUCGGAGCCUGCAUCGUGAAUGCAGAAAACAAGAUUGUGGGCAUUGGGUACAAUGGAAUGCCAAAUGGAUGCAGCGAUGACCUCUUGCCUUGGAGGAGGACAGCGGAGAGUAUACUGGAUACCAAAUACCCUUACGUGUGCCACGCCGAGCUGAAUGCCAUUAUGAACAAAAACUCAGCAGAUGUGAAAGGCUGUACCAUGUAUGUCGCCUUGUUCCCGUGUAAUGAAUGUGCUAAGCUCAUCAUCCAGGCAGGGAUAAAAGAAGUUAUUUUCAUGUCUGAUAAAUACCACGACAGCAAUGAGACAAGAGCCGCGAGGCUCAUGUUGGAAAUGGCCGGGGUUUCCUUCAGGAAAUUCACACCAAAGUGCAGCCAGAUUGUCAUUGACUUUGAUUCAAUUAACAGCAGACCGAGUCAGAAGCUCCAGUGACUUACAUCUCAUUAAGUCUCCAGAAGAUCGGAUUAUCCUCUUCUGAGAAGCUGCUAAUGCCUUUCAUCUUAAAGUUACACAUAACUUUUUAAUAGCCGGGACGGCAAAAGUCGAAGUGUGAAGAAUGUAAAAGCUCAAAUCUUCCUGACUCGCGCUCCUGUCACGUGGAAUCUGCAUGUGUUGAAACUGUCGAUUCAGGGUGUAAAAUAAAGGAGCUGUGGGUGCGCACGGGGCUGGAGCGGGCAUCUCCCCUCCUGUCUCCUGGUUCGCUGGGACGCUGGUGGCUGCGCAGAAGGGCGUCAGCCGUGCGUCGUCCACUGCGUUUCACAGCCGCUCUUCAACGCCACGUGUGCUGGGAGGACAAAUAACUGUGGCUGUGUGCCUGCCGGGAUGAGCAGACACGCUGAUCUGAACAUCGGGCCCGAAUGAAGCAGCGCAUGUAAUGCCCUUGGGGGAAGGAAAGGAGCCGCAAGACAGUAGCAUUUAAGUGUUUGCUUUUGAGAGUUGAGGGGGCCCCCAGCCGCCCAGCCACCCGCCCAAAAGUCCUGGACGGGGUGCGCCUUCGUCCCGGCAGAUGAUGAGCGCAAGUGAGCGGGCGUUCUUUCCCCGCUCUGCUGUCCUGCCUCCCACAGGGCGGUGCCGCGGUGUGCCUCUGCAUGGUGGGGACUUCUGUUGUUCGUGCUUCUUAUUCUGGCUUUGUGGGUGACACAGAGCUCUUACAUUAGUUUAUUUGAGUAAUGAGUCGUGCCCGGGGAAGGCAGCCCGUCGCCCUGCGUCGCCCGCAGGUCCACACCCUGCCCGGGGGCGGAGCCCCGCACCGCUGCUGCACGUGCCAGCACGGUUCAUUCCCAGGGCUGCUGUCUCCCGUCCUGUAAGUGAAAUGAACGUGAGGAGGUGUCAGUUCCGUCCAGAUCUCCUGGUGACAGGAGCUCACUUGCGCUCCUGGUGCCCUGCCUUCACUGACACACAUCUCACCUUCCUAAUCACUUCGAUUUGGGGGAUGGGUAGCAGUGCACCUUGUCUUUAAUCUCAUUUCAUUUUUAUUAAAUGUGCUCAGUACCUUCGUGGAGAAAACGGUUUCUUUAGUGUAAAGAUCGUGACCGUUUAAAGUGCUCUUACAUCUUUAUGAGUGUUUAUUUUGUCUCUGAGGUUUUGGAUUCCAUAUUCUGGGGCAUGUCAUUUCUGUGUUGUCUGUGAAGCACACUUGCACAUGUUUUAAUGCUCAGAGAACAGUCUGAGGCACGGAUGCCAUGUGCCUUCCCCAGGGCUGAAGGGCGAUGCGUCUCUAUGGACCAGAUUGGAGGUGUCCGGGAAGGCUCUCUUCCCUCUCUCCAUCGUGCCCUGCUCCUGUCUCAGGUGUGGCCAUCUGA